CCGCUAAUGAGGCGAAGAGUUACAACAAAUAGAAGCAAAAAUGAAAUACCUUAUCUUCGGCAUGGUAUUCUGGUAUACUACAAUGGCCAACACAACCGAAUCAGGAUCAACCACCCAUAGAAAAUGCAUUGCGACCGACGGGACAGAACAUGAAAUCGGCGAAACAUGGAAACCUUCGACUAAGUUGCACAAAGCGUUACCUUGCAUCGAAUGUGCUUGUCUCAAAAAUGGUGUUGUCAAAUGCAAACAGGCAAAAUGUCAAGAAAUUCUAUCUUGCUCCAAUCCCGUCAGACAAUCAAACACCUGUUGUUUGACGUGUCCAGAUUCCAACGACGAGGAACCAAACCUCCAUGACAAGGCGAAAUAUACUCAGCGUGUGACAUUCACUGAAAAACAUGAGCAAUCAGAAUCUGCCAGAGCUCAGAGCCCAUUUACGACAAUGAGGGACAAUCACCGUGCUGCUACUGGCUGGCGCCAACGUUUGAGCGAUUUUAAUGCUGCUGGCGGUGCCAGUCUUCCAAAGCACACAAAACAGUCGGCUGGCGUGCGAGCAUUUGGACUUUAUUCGCUCAACGAUAAUGAAGAAGAUAUGCAAACAUUUAGUGAGUCUACUACGGAAACACGAAGACAAUUUGAAAUCCAUCGAAGAUUACAAGAGGCACUUGCAGCAAGGCCAACCCGCCGGGUUGAUGCUGAAUCCCCAUUUAGUUUCAGAGAUACAUCUCAUGCGUUUGGACUAUUACAAGUCGACUCUGUUCAGCCAGAAAUUCACGCUUCAAUAAAUGCAUUAUUUGCACAAUGUCAAGUUCAGGUUAUGCCUGGGCUUUCUAGCAAAACUCUGACAUACGCACACGGGGAUUGGUGGAAAGCAACGUUACCCAUUCUGGGAGACUUAAAAUGCGUGGAAUGUACAUGUAUGAAUGGCGAAGUCAAGUGCAAGGUACCCAAAUGUGUGGAUGAUGAGUUACUCCCAUGCGCCAAACCCGUAACAGAGAAUGGGAAAUGUUGCGCUUCUUGCCCCAUUCGACAGUAUAUGGGAUAUAAACCUUACUACUCUUCGACGGUGGAUAACAAUAAGCAUUUUCUGUCCGUGGCGACACCAGCUCCACUUAAAACAUCUGAGCAGUCGAAAUGUGACAAAAAGGUUCAUCCUAUCCUUUAUCGCUUUGUGCACAAAGCCACCAAACGAUCGAAGGACCAAGCAAUUGCAGUGAGACUGGGAGAUUCAGUGGAAGUAUACAACUGGACGUUGAAUAAAGAUGAUAAUCCCCAUCGUCGUCAUGUGAUUCGAAUGAGAGUUUCUAACUUUAAAAGAUAUAUGAAAAUGUCUUCAAUGAGUGGAUCUUAUCAAUUGUGGAGUGCUACCACUGAAGGUCGUCUGCGGAAGUUUGAAGAACGUGAAGAGCGAUGGAGCACAUCAUGUAAAUCUAAUUGCGAAAGACGUUUAAUGCGAAUCGUAACCAAAAUGCUACUGAAGUCACCAGAGAAAGUUAAAUGUGCAAUGAAAUCCUUAGAAAAUAUUGAUGCGCAACAUUAGGGCAAUAUUAAAGCGGAAUUUAAUAAUCCCAGUUAUAUGGCUGCAAAGAUGGUUAUGCUACUCUUCUUUGAUAUAGUAAGUACACCAGUGAACGACGAUCAUGUGGGAUUUAUGAAAAAUAUUCGAACAUUUUAGAGGAUCAAGGUAUAUUCAUACAUACUAUCAGUGAGAACAUGCAAGCCGAAGCACUCAAAAUAUUCAGAGUUAGUUUUGAAGCCUUUAAGUAUAGUUUUGUGGUCUUGCUUGGCUUUGAAAAUCCGCUUCCUAUGUCAUCUUAUUCCGCCGAAAAAUGAUCAGCCAACUACAUUAGAUAAACAUUUCUAGAUAAGAGUUAUUUUAUAUUUUGUUGUUAUUGAAAUGUUCCCACUCCUUUUCUUUGUACAUCGCUUUACUUACUUGUAACCUUGUUUCGAUUUUUUCGUAAUACUGUAUGUGAAAUAAAGCCGUUCAAAAUUGA